UUUUCAUCUGCCGACUCCUAAGCAGUGGUCACGUUACUGUCACAGUGGUCACGUUACUGUCACAGUGGUCACGUUACUGUCACAGUGGUCACGUUACUGUCACAGUGGUCACGUUGCUGUCACAGUGGUCAUGUUACUGUCACAGUGGUCACGUUGCUGUCACAGUGGUCAUGUUACUGUCACAGUGGUCACGUUGCUGUCACAGUGGUCACCUUACUGUCACAGUGGUCACCUUACUGUCACAGUGGUCACCUUACUGUCACAGUGGUCACGUUGCUGUCACAGUGGUCAUGUUACUGUCACAGUGGUCACGUUACUGUCACAGUGGUCACAGUGGUCAUGUUGCUGUCACAGUGGUCACGUUACUGUCACAGUGGUCACAGUGGUCAUGUUACUGUCACAGUGGUCACAGUGGUCAUGUUGCUGUCACAGUGGUCACAUUACUGUCACAGUGGUCACAGUGGUCAUGUUGCUGUCACAGUGGUCACGUUACUGUCACAGUGGUCAUGUUACUGUCACAGUGGUCAUGUUGCUGUCACAGUGGUCACAGUGGUCAUGUUGCUGUCACAGUGGUCACAGUGGUCAUGUUGCUGUCACAGUGGUCACAGUGGUCAUGUUGCUGUCACAGUGGUCACAGUGGUCAUGUUGCUGUCACAGUGGUCACAGUGGUCAUGUUACUGUCACAGUGGUUACAUUACUGUCACAGUGGUCAUGUUACUGUCACAGUGGUCACAGUGGUCAUGUUGCUGUCACAGUGGUCACAGUGGUCAUGUUACUGUCACAGUGGUUACAUUACUGUCACAGUGGUCAUGUUACUGUCACAGUGGUCACAGUGGUCAUGUUGCUGUCACAGUGGUCACCUUACUGUCACAGUGGUCAUAGUCGUCACAGUGGUCACAGUGGUCACGUUACUGUCACAGUGGUCAUGUUACUAUCACAGUGGUCACAUUACUGUCACAGUGGUCACAGUGGUCACGUUACUGUCACAGUGGUCACGUUAAUGUCACAGUGGUCACAUUACUGUCACAGUGGUCACAGUGGUCACGUUACUGUCACAGUGGUCAUGUUACUGUCACAGUGGUCACAGUGGUCAUGUUGCUGUCACAGUGGUCACCUUACUGUCACAGUGGUCAUAGUCGUCACAGUGGUCACAGUGGUCACGUUACUGUCACAGUGGUCAUGUUACUGUCACAGUGGUCAUGUUGCUGUCACAGUGGUCACGUUACUGUCACAGUGGUCACAGUGGUCAUGUUACUGUCACAGUGGUCACAGUGGUCACGUUACUGUCACAGUGGUCACGUUACUGUCACAGUGGUCAUGUUACUGUCACAGUGGUCAUGUUGCUGUCACAGUGGUCACGUUACUGUCACCGUGGUCACGUUACUGUCACAGUGGUCACGUUACUGUCACAGUGGUCACAGUGGUCAUGUUACUGUCACAGUGGUCACAGUGGUCACGUUACUGUCACAGUGGUCACGUUACUGUCACAGUGGUCACAGUGGUCAUGUUACUGUCACAGUGGUCACAGUGGUCACGUUACUGUCACAGUGGUCACGUUACUGUCACUGUGGUCAUGUUGCUGUCACAGUGGUCAUGUUGCUGUCACAGUGGUCACGUUACUGUCACAGUGGUCACGUUACUGUCACAGUGGUCACGUUACUGUCACAGUGGUCACAGUGGUCAUGUUACUGUCACAGUGGUCACAGUGGUCACGUUACUGUCACAGUGGUCACGUUACUGUCACAGUGGUCAUGUUGCUGUCGACACAAGCUCUAUGGCUGAUGAUCAUGAUGAUUCGUUAUUUUCAGUUAUUUUAUCGUCAAUGUCUGCUGAUUGGUUUCUAAUCAAAUAUGUAUUAGGCUGACUCUCAGAUCUAUGCAAUCACAUGAAUUCAUUAAUUAAUGAACUAAUGAAUGGUUUAGUCCCAUAGGAAACAAACACCCUGAGGAUGUGAGCUGUGUGUGAGUGCCAGCCAGACGGUGCAUCCCAGGUUAUAUAAGCACCAAACAAAGGAAAACAGGCUGAAACAGGGAGGGAUUAUCUGAACUUGUUCAAUUGUUUUUGUCUUCUGUUGCAAAAUGUUUUGCUACUGUGUGUCCCAGUCAGCCAGUGAGUAUAAAUUGUGAGUCCAAUGACCAAUUGUCCCUUCUGUCCAGAAGAGGGCACUGUUGCUCAGUCAGCAAAAUAAUCCAGAGUGACUAUUGAAUUGAAUUUUGUGAUUUUGUGUUUUGUUUUUUUUGCGAUUAUGAAUAAAGCCUACUGGUUUAGGAACAAUGAUGAUGUGCUAUAUGUAAUGAGGUUUGUCUCCCCUUAUGUUGUACAGAUUACACGUCUGGGUUUUCCCUGUUUUAAAUAGUCAAUCUGGAAUGAUGAACCUGUAAACAUACAGGACAAAAUAGUCCCAUGUUUGUGACAACCACGUUUUUAAUGUACUGUACAUAACGGUUCACUUGUUUUUCAAAUAAAUCAAGCUUUUGUCUGUGCUUUGUA